AUGUCCAACACCAAGUACCUCCUCGUCUCGCUCCCCACGUCUAUCACAACCUCCAACCAUCGCGACGAUGCUCUCGACGCCAUAUCUACAACGGUAUCACCCGAUAAUGGCUCAGUAGCUCCCUUCCCGAUCCCCGAAUUCAAAAUCGGCACUCUAGAUGCUCUGGUGCAGCAGGCCGAUGAGCUGUCGAAGCUCGAGUCAGCCUGCCAGGGUGUCGUGAGCAAAGUGGGGGAUGCAUUGAAGAAUAUCCUGGACGAUGAGGCGCAGAUUGAUAAGAUGAAAGCUGUUAAUGACAAGCCGGUUGAUCAGUACUUGCGGACGUUCUCGUGGAAUAAAGUGAAGUAUCGCGCUGACAAGCCUCUCGGGGAAUUGAUUGAUCUGCUACAGAAGGAAGCUGCUAGUAUCGACAAUGAUAUCCGCUCGAAAUACUCCCAAUACAACCAGGUCAAGAACAACCUGGCCACACUUCAACGGAAACAGACAGGUAACCUUUCCACCAAGUCUCUCGCAUCCGUAGUCGACCCUCGCAGCGUCAUUCAGGAUUCAGAAUACAUCGAAACACAUCUCAUCGCGGUCCCUGCAACGCAAGUCAAAGACUUCUUGAAAUCAUACGAGACUGUGUCGUCUAUGGUCGUUCCCCGCUCCGCAAACCUGGUGGCAUCUGACGAUGAGUUUACGCUGUACGCGGUCACCACGUUCAAGAGACACAGCGCCGAAUUUAUCCACAAAAGCAGAGAAAACAAGUGGAUUCCACGAGACUUCAAGUACGUGGAGGGCGGAAAGGAGCAAGAACAGAAGGAAGUUGAGCGUGUUGGCGGCGAUGAGCGGAAGCUCUGGAAUGAAACCCUCCGUCUGGGACGGACAGCAUGGAGCGAAGCUGUGAUGGUUUGGAUUCAUGUGCUUGUUCUCCGGGUGUUUGUGGAGACUGUUCUUCGAUAUGGUCUUCCUCUUGAUUACGUUUGCACGAUCAUUCGGGCACCAACCCCGAAGCAAGCAGACAAGGCAAAACGGAACAUGGACGAUAAGUACUCAUACCUGGCCGGUAAUGCCUUCGGACGAGACAAGAAAGGCCGAGUCAAGAGGGACGACCCGGGCGAGGCAGGCGGCGAAGCCGGCGGAGCAGAGUACACAGCAUAUGUGUAUUAUGAUUUUGAGUUCAAUUGA